AUGGAGCGUUAUUAUAUUUAUUGUUUAUAUUUUCAGGCCAUUGAUGAAAAAGAAAACUUUGAUUUAUAUUUCGAUAAAUUAAAAACAAUCGGGAAGGUGAAACCGGUUGCUGAUUUCAAGAGUGAGUUUUUCAAUAUAAAUGAUCAAGUAAUGAAAUUUAGUAAUAAAAUAUUAGAUGGAGGUGAUACGUUUCUUGAAUUGGAAAAAUUCAAGACAAUAAUUGAGCAUCGAAAAUUUAUGGAUUUUAACAAUAAUGUGAUUAGUAGUUUUACGAGCUUAUUAAGUGAUUUUAAUAAGUUUAGCGAUAAAGCAAUUAAGGGAUUAGUUUUAAAAGAAAACGAAAUACCAUUUCAAUCGGAUAAAAUAAUAGAAUUAAUAACGAAAUCUAAAGAAUUUCUAAUAAUUGGGAAAAAAACAUUAUCAUCGGAUCCUAUGUUGGUGUUGCUUGAGGAUUCAGCUAUUUCUGUUCCAUGCAUUAACAAUUUUGCAAAUUAUAAAAAUGUUAAACAGGGAAAAUUAUUGAAAGAAGCCGUUUUAUAUUUAAUGAAGUCGAAAAAAUUAGUUUACGAGUUGUUUUUAAAUGCAUUAAAGUACUGUCCUAGUGGUAUCUACAACGAGUUGCCAGAUAUUUUUUCAAGUUCAUUAUCGAUGAUAUCAGCAUUAUCAAAGGUAAGAGAAAAAGAUCUUACAAGACAAUUUAUAUGGUUAUUGGAAUCCUCCAGAGGACAUCGAUUUUUGGUGGAAAAGAAAUUGGCGCAGUCUGUGGAAGUCAAGAAUAAGUUUCUACCUGACAGAAUGUCGAAUAAUUUGACAGAUCUCUUGUCAUCUAGUAUUGAAAAUAAGAUUGAUGAUUUUGGUAGUCUUUUUUUGGAUAUCCAAAAGUAUGUACCUAAAAAGUGGAUAAUAAUUUCAAUUGAUAUUUGUCAAUUUAGUGGAGAUUUAUUGUUGCUGAAAAUUACGUCGUGUGAUGACAGUGAGCCACUUAUAAUUCGGUUACCUUUGAAUAGGCAUGCUAGUAGAGAUGCAGAUGAGAGGGUUUUCUCAUUUGAGGAUGCCAAAAGAGAAUUGGAAAAUAUAAUUGAAUCAAGUAAUUUGACCACCAAAGUAGAAGUUACCUCGAGCAUUAAAAACAGAGAGGACAAGAAGAGUUGGUGGAAGACACGAUAUUUUUUGGAAAAACAAUUGAAAGAGUUGUUGGAAAAUGUUGAUUAUUGUUGGUUAGGUGGAUUUAGAGGGAUUUUUGAUGUUGGAGAGAUUAAUAGAGAAUUAUUUGGGAAAUUUAAAAUUCAAUUUAAUAGGAUUUUACAAACUUAUUUACCUUCAAGACGGCAGUGGUUAAGAAACAAGAAUAUUAAGAGUGGCAAGGUGAAUUCCGAGGUUAAAGAAACAAUUGAUUCAAAGGUUGAUAUUGAUGACAAUGUUUUGGAAUUGUUUAUCAAGUUGGGACAUCCAUCUAAGCUUGGGAAUACCGAAUAUUUAGAGGAUUUAAUUUAUUUUGCAAUUGACAUAUUGAUAUAUCAUGGGGAAGAAGACGGGUAUGACGAAAUAGAUAUGGAUCGAAUAUACGUUGAGGUUGAAGACGCAUUGAGAAAAUAUCACGAUGAAAAUGAGAAACUCAAAAGGGAAAAACUGGAAAGAAGAGAAAGAGAAAGAGAAGCAGCGACCCAUAUUGUAUUGGUGAUAGGAAAAAGCUGUCAAAAUUUUCCUUGGGAGUCACUUCCUAAUUUAAAGGGAAAGUCAGUAUCCCGAAUGCCAUCACUAACAAUUUUGUUGGAAGCCUUGAAAAAGUAUGAUAAAGACAAUCUUUCCAUUGAAUGCAAAGAAAAAGGGAAAGCUGGGUUUUUUGUGCUAAACCCCAGUGGUGAUUUGAAGAACACACAAACCACAUUUGAGCAAAAAUUCAAGUCACAUCUUAAAAACUGGGGCAGCAUUAUCGACAGAAAGCCCACAGAGGAGGAAUUUGUCCAGGCGCUCAGCGAUUCAAGUCUCUUCAUCUACAUUGGACAUGGCGGCGGAGAGCAAUACAUAAGAUCGUCAACAAUAAGAAAGUUGCAAAGAUGCUCACCCUCGUUGCUAAUGGGGUGCUCCUCGGGCAGCUUGAAGGAGAAUGGCGAGCUUGAGCCCCAUGGCACAGCAUACAGCUACUUGGUAGGAGGGUGUGCAAUGUUGGUGGUGAACCUCUGGGACGUGACAGACAAGGACAUUGACAAGUUCUCGAUGUCAGUGUUCCAGAAAUGGGGACUCUUCAGGGAGGACUACACAGCGAUGUUUGGGGCCUUGGACGAGCUGUGGGUGGGAAGCAGGGCCCUCAGCAUCUGUGAAGCAGUGGCAGCAUCUCGCGAAACAUGCCAUUUGCACCACCUCAACGGCUCUGCUCCUGUUGUUUACGGCCUCCCUUUGACACUUUCCUAA